AUGUAUAGUAAUAAUUCUGAUUUAUUUCUUAGUAGAUUAAUGCAGGAUUUAAAUCUUGAAACAAUAUAUAACGAGUGCAAUUCACAUCACAUUUUAUAUCAAGCCGAAAAAUUAUUUAUGGAAAUAUAUGAUAUAGAAGAUAGUAUUAAUACUCUUAUUGAUAAGCUAAUUAAUCUAUUAAUUAAAUCUCAAGAUGAAGGAAAUAAUUUCAAUGAAACAGAACAUUUUAUUAAUCAUUGCAUAUUUCUUUCAACACGAAAUUCAUAUGAGAUCUUUGAAUGGCUUAAAGAAAACCAAGUGAAAUCCCAUUAUCAAUUUUUCUUGGGAAUUAUAUAUUAUAAUGUUGAGAAAAAUUUUAAUGAAGCAUAUAAAUUAUUUUAUAAAGCCUCGGAAGAUAAUUAUCCAAUUGCACAAGUUUAUCUUGCAAAUUGUUAUAAGACAGGAUUUGGAACCGAGAUAAAUUAUAAACUAGCUUUUAAAUGGAUGCAAAAAGCCGCAGAAAAUGAAAGCAUUUGUGGACAACUUAAUCUUGGGAUUUAUUAUGAUAAUAGUAUAGGAACAGAUUCCAAUUUAGAUAAAGCAAUUUAUUGGUAUCAAAAAUCUGCUAAUAAUGGAAAUUUAUGUGGAUUAUUUAUUUUAGGUAGAUGCAAUGAACUUGGAAUAGGUAUAGAAAAAAAUGAAAAUAAAGCAUUUGAAAUAUAUAAAAGAUUUCAUGAAAAUGAUUUCAUAAAUGGAAAAUAUAAGCUCGGGAUCUGCUAUUAUUUUGGAAUUGGAACUGAAGUUAAUAAAAAAGAAUCGUUUAAAAUAUGUAAAGAUUUAGCUGAAAAAGGAUUAGAAAAUGCGCAAGCUUUUCUUGGUUAUUUAUAUAAUCAGGCAGCAGAUAAUGGAGAUGAUUUCGGGCUGUAUAAUUUGGGUGAACAUUAUGAAUUGGGAAAUGGUGUUAAUAAAGAUGAAAUUAAGGCGUUCGUGUAUUAUAAAAAGUCAGCAGAAAAUGGAUUAGUGGAUGCAAACUUUUAUCUCGGAUAUUGCUAUUUAAAUGGAAUUGGAACAGAGAUUAAUAAAGAAAUUGGGUACAAGUUAUAUAAUGAAGCUACUGGAAAAGGAGAUAUCUCAGAAAAAGCUUUAGAAUUGUAUAAAAUUGCAGCUGAGGAAGGAAGUAAAUUGUAA